GGUUGACCAUUAUUUUGCAGUUUAGAUGAGGUCUAGACUUGCUGCAAAACGGGUGAAAAGUUUGAUUGAUUAAUAAAUAUAAAAAUCGGGAAAAAAGGAUUUAAUUUUUAUUUACAAAAGACGGUGUAAUAAUAAUAAUUAUAAACAUGUUUAGCAAGUUAAAUGUUUUAAUUGUAUUAAGCUUGAAUGUAUGGCUGGUGCUAGCAGCGCCUCAAGUGCACAACUUUAAGGAAAUUUCGGAAAUACCCAGCGAUAUACCCGUUUGCAGUGAAAAAGAUCUAAACAUUAACGAAUGCAUACGCAAUGCCUAUCAGCAAAUGAUACCCAGAGCCAAGAAUGGCAUUCCCGAAUUAAAUAUACCACCCAUGGAUCCAUUGGAGGUGGACAAAACCAAUUAUGAAUUUGCCAACAGUAUAAUACAAGGAAAAGUGGCCUUAAGAAAUCUUAAAAUCAAUGGUCUCAGCGACACCAUCAUUAAUAGUGUAGACUUCAAAAAGGAUGGGGAUAACAUCAAAAUGGAGGUAAAGUCCCUAACCCCUAAACUGUUCAUUGAGGGAAAAUAUAAGGCUGAGGUUAAAAUAAAUGAUGCUAGAAUGAAUUCCAAGGGAGUGUUUAAUUUGACCAUGACUGAUAUUGAUGUCAUUGCCCAGCCGGAGGCAGAGCUAUAUGAACGUGAUGGCCACAAGUAUAUGCGCAUAACUAAAUUCAAUAUUGAGCCCACUUUGGGCAAUAUGAAGUUCUAUGCCACUGGUCUAGUGCCAGAUGCUAUUUUAAACGAUGCUAUUCUUGAAUUUGUUAAUCAAAAUUGGCGCACUGUUUACAAAUCUCUAAUACCCGAGACUCGUUCGACUUGGGAGCCCGAAUUCCUUAAAGUGAGCAAUGAAUAUUUUUCACAUUUACCCUUUGACUUGAUAUUAACUAAGGAAUAAUUUUUAAUUUGCUUUAUAUUAAUAAAACUACUGGUAAAGAUUUUGUUAUAAUUAUUGUUUAUGAAACGAAA